CUGCCCACCCCGGAAGUGGGGCGGAGCUCGCAGCGUGGGCACCCAGUGGGCGGAAGUGUCUUUUAGAGACUCGCAGGCAGCUUUAAAUUCCUGCUGUCCGGCACGCUCGCCCCUUUCCUGUGGCAUCGGGCUCUGUGCGUGGAAUGGCUGUGGACGUGAAGUCUCGAGCAAAGCGCUAUGAGAAACUGGACUUCCUCGGAGAGGGACAGUUUGCCACGGUUUACAAGGCCAGAGACAAGAACACCAACCAGAUCGUCGCCAUUAAGAAAAUCAAACUUGGACACAGAUCAGAAGCUAAAGAUGGUAUAAAUAGAACAGCCUUAAGAGAGAUAAAAUUAUUACAGGAGCUAAGUCAUCCAAAUAUAAUUGGUCUCCUUGAUGCUUUUGGACAUAAAUCUAAUAUUAGCCUUGUCUUUGAUUUCAUGGAAACUGAUUUAGAGGUUAUAAUAAAGGACAAUAGUCUUGUGCUGACACCGUCACACAUUAAAGCAUACAUGUUGAUGACUCUUCAAGGGCUGGAAUAUUUACACCAACACUGGAUUCUACAUAGGGAUCUGAAACCAAACAAUUUGUUGUUGGAUGAAAAUGGAGUUCUAAAAUUGGCAGAUUUUGGCCUGGCCAAAUCAUUUGGGAGCCCCAAUAGAGCUUAUACACAUCAGGUUGUAACCAGAUGGUAUCGGGCCCCAGAGUUACUGUUUGGCGCGAGGAUGUACGGUGUGGGUGUGGACAUGUGGGCUGUGGGCUGCAUAUUAGCAGAGUUGCUUCUAAGGGUUCCUUUUUUGCCAGGAGACUCAGAUCUCGAUCAGCUUACAAGAAUCUUUGAAACUUUGGGCACACCAACUGAGGAACAGUGGCCUGACAUGUGUAGUCUACCAGAUUAUGUGACCUUCAAGAGUUUCCCUGGAAUCCCGUUGCAACACAUCUUCAGUGCGGCAGGAGAUGACUUGCUAGAUCUCAUACAAGGCUUAUUCUUAUUUAAUCCCUGUACUCGGAUUACAGCCACACAGGCACUAAAAACUCCCUACUUCAGUAAUCGGCCAGGGCCAGCACCUGGGUGUCAGCUGCCUAGACCGAACUGUCCAGCGGAAGCCUUAAAGGAGCAGUCUAACCCAGCCAUGGCGACAAAACGGAAAAGAACAGAGGCCUUGGAACAAGGAGGAUUGCCCAAGAAGCUCGUUUUUUAGUUACAGAGGACACUGGACAGUAUUUCACUACUGAAGAAAACAGGCUGAAAAGCAAAUAAUGGAAGAAUAAUCGUCAUUAAGUAAAGGCUGUGGAAGAGAAUUUGUAAAUAUUCUACACGUGUAACAUAUGUAAAACUAUGGGAUAUUUGUUAAAUAUAUUUUAAAAUAAA